CCUAUCUAGAAGUUCAAGUUCAAAUUGUUUUGGUUUCUAGAGUCAUAUCAAAUUCAAGAAACAUGGAAAAGUGCAGCACUCAAGAACGAUUAAAAAAAUUGGACAAAAUCCAAUUAAGUGUUAGUGGAGUGGAAUAUACAGUUAAUACCGCUGAUGUAGCACCUGAGAUGACGCUGAAUACCUACCUUAGGGAUGUGAUGAAUCUAACUGGUACAAAGCGAAUGUGUCUGGAAGGUGGCUGUGGAUCAUGUAUCGUAGCAGUUGAAAAAAUCGUCAAUGGAUUGAAAAUCGUAUUUGCUGUUAAUUCGUGUUUGGUCUCAGUUCUCUCCUGUCAUGGUUGGAAAAUUCACACUGUAGAAGGAAUUGGUGGACCACUUAAAGGCUUCCAUGAAAUACAAACUGCUUUGGCACAUGGAAACGGCACACAAUGUGGGUUCUGCUCACCAGGCCAGGUGAUGAACAUGUAUGCGUUGAUGGAAGGAUCUGAAAAACAGUUGACGGAAAGCACAGUGGAAAAUUCGUUUGGAGGCGUACUGUGCAGAUGUACUGGCUACAGACCAAUUGUUCAGUCAUUUAGAAGUCUCGUUAAAAAAGAAAAAGAUGGCAUAAAAGAUAUAGAAGAUGUCAGCGUAUGCACAAGUGAAGACAAAUGUAAGACAAACUGUGAACAAACAUGUAAGAAAAUUAAUUAUUAUCACACGUUCAAGGCAUCGAAGUGGAUGAAGGUUCACACUCUCAGUGAUUUGUUAGAUAUUCUCAUUUCUGCUGAAAAUGCCAGCUAUAUGCUUGUUGGAGGAAAUACGGCUAAAGGUGUUUAUUACAUUAAAAAUCCUCCACAACUGUACAUAGACAUAACAGAUGUCAAAGAAUUGACCACCACUUAUGUUGACUCCAACUCAGUGAUCCUAGGAGCGAACACUGCUUUAACCAAGUCGGUGGAGAUAUUUGAAAAUACAGCGAAUGAAUACAAGGGAUUUCAGUACUUGAACGACAUGGCUCAUCAUAUAAAGCAAGUUGCGAGUGUGCCAGUGAGAAAUAUUGGAACCGUAGCGGGCAACCUGAUGAUUAAGCAUGCUCACAACGAGUUCCCUUCAGACAUAUUUCUUAUUAUGGAAACCUUCAAGGCAACAUUAUCAAUAGUUGAUACAAAUGAGGAAGAGGUUCUGUGUUCUCCGCAAGAUUUUUUACGACUGGAUAUGUCAAAAAAAGUUAUUAAGCAAAUAAUUCUGAAACCGCUCACUGAUUCUUACAAAUGGAUCACGUACAAGAUAAUGCCUCGCGCACAGAACGCGCAUGCAGAGGUAAACGCCGGAUUCUUGUUCAGCCUGUCACCCAAAUACGUGGUACAAUCAGCAAGAAUCGUUUAUGGAGGUAUCAGCCCUCAAUUUGUUCAUGCUUCAAAAACCGAAGCACUGCUCAAAGGCAAAGUACUCUUCGAUAACAAGGUGUUAGCGCAAGCUUUCGGGUCUCUAGAUAAGGAGAUUCAACCUACCUGGGAGCUUCCUGAGUCAACACCUACUUAUAGGAAAGGCCUUGCCAUUGCAUUGUUUUAUAAGUUUAUUUUGAACAAAUGCCCCAAGGAACUAUUGAGUAAUAGUAGAUUUUCAAGUGGCGGCACAAUGUUAGAGAGACCACUAUCAACGGCAACUCAAGAAUUUGGAACAAAUACCAAGAAUUAUCCUCUUUCAGAACCUGUUCCAAAGGUUGAAGCACUGGCUCAAACUUCAGGUCAAGCUGAAUAUUGUGCAGAUCUUCCAGACCUUCCUAAUCAAGCGUUUGGUGCAUUCGUGACAGCUGCUGCAGUAGCUAACUCGCAAAUUGGUCAAAUUGAUCCCACCGAAGCACUCAACAUGCAGGGUGUGAUAGCAUUCUACUCCGCGAAAGACGUGCCAGGAAACAACACGUUCAUGCCCAAGAUGGGAGGCUUUCCCGUACAAGAUGAGCUCUUCUGCAAUGGUCGUGUUCAGUACUACUACCAACCUAUUGGGUUAAUUGUGGCUGACAGCCAUGAUACUGCUGUGAAAGCAGCAGAAAUGGUGAAAGUCGAAUACACUGCGCCAACAGAAAAACCGUUCCUCAAUGUGAAGCAAGUGGUAAAUGCAGGUGCCAAAGGCAGGAUCAAAAACAAUACGAAUUUCAUACCGAAAAGCAAAGGAAAUGACAUAAAGAAGGUUAUAAAAGGAGAGUUUUAUACGGCCUGGCAGUACCAUUUUCAUAUGGAAGUACAAUGUUGCCAAGUAGUUCCUACUGAAGACGGUUUUGAUAUUUACCCUGUAACGCAGUGGAUGGAUCUAUGUCAACUAGCUGCUGCUGAGGCUUUAGCUAUCCCAACACAGACGAUAAACGUAAAGGUUAGAAGACUCGGGGGAUCUUUUGGAGGGAAGAUUUCAAGAAACUCUCUGAUAUCCACAGCUGCAGCAGUGGCAGCCUUCAAACUAAGGCGUCCUGUGAAGAUAUGGUUACCAUUUAUUACUAACAUGAACGUGAUCGGAAAAAGGUAUCCUCAACUGACUAGAUACGAGGUUGGAGUGGACGCCAAGGGUGUCAUGCAGUAUCUCAAAGCUGAUAUUUACUCGGACUUUGGUGUUGGCGGGAAUGAUAUAAUUGAUCCUAUGGUGGUAGACAGCUUCCAAAACGUUUACGUAACAGACACUUGGAGAUUUUCGACCUACCAAGUUUCUACUGACACACAUGCCAACACCUGGACUAGAGCACCUGGUACGUUAGAAGCCAUGGGUUCAAUAGAAACUAUUUUUGAGCACAUUGCAUAUGAAAUGAAUUUAGAUCCCGUGCAAGUCAGACAAUUAAACACGGACUCAACCAAACACGGGAAAAUCUUGGGCUACUGGAAAGAAAUAGAAACUUGGGCAGAUAUUCCUGCUCGAAGACAAUCGAUUGAGCAGUUUAACAAACAAAAUCGAUGGAAAAAACGUGGCAUGUCACUAAUUCCAAUGGCAUGGAUGUUAGAAUUUAAAGGAUCUUUCACAGUGUUGGUGUCCAUCGUGCAUGGAGACGGUGGAAUCAUGGUAUGUCAUGGAGGAGUUGAAAUGGGACAAGGUAUCAAUACGAAGGUAGUUCAGGUGGUAGCCUUCAAGUUUGGAGUUACCAUGAAUAAAGUACAAGUGAAACCAAGCUUGAACUUGGUCGCUCCAAAUGCAUUCGCUACUGGUGGCAGUGUGACGAGUGAAGCUGUUAUUUAUGCUAUCAUACAAGCAUGCGAUAAGCUCAUUGCCUCGAUGAAGCCAGUGAUGGACCGAAUGAAAAAUCCAACUUGGGAACAGCUGGUGCGACAGUGCUUUGUAGAGAAUAUUCAAUUAUCUGCUGAUGGAUACAUCCAAGAAAAGUCGCCUGGUGUUCAGGGAUAUCCAAUAUACGGUUUAUGUGCUACUGAGGUGGAAGUAGAUAUUCUGACUGGUCAGAAACUGAUUCGCAGAGUUGAUAUCAUCGAGGAUGUUGGAGAUAGUAUGAGUCCACUAAUUGAUAUUGGACAAACCGAAGGAGCUUUUGUUAUGGGUACAUAUAUGAUAAAUGUUACUAUUAUUUUAGUUUAUUGGUUAAGAGACAUUUAUUUAUAAGUUGAAGGUUUCAUGGGGAUUGUAUUAUUGAAUAUGUU